AUGGCCCUGCGGCUAAUGGAGCAGCUGCUGCAGCUGCUCCAUUUGCUGCUGCUGGCGCUGCUGCUGCUCUCCGCCCCACACCUUCAGUUUGUCAGCAGCACAGCAGCAGCUGCAGGCCCCGAGCAAAAGCCCACAAGCUUUUCUCUGGGGGGCCCCUGGGGGGCCCCCAGAGGGGCCCCCUCAAAGGCCCCCUGGGGAGCCCCCAUGAGGGCCCCCAGAGGGGCCCCCCACGGGGUCACAAGGUGGGUACUCACGGGGGCCCCCAGGGGGGCCCCCUUAGGGGCCACUGGGGGGCAGCAGGACCCUCUUUUUGGGUCCAGUGCUGCAUGCAAAGCAGCAGCAGGGGGCCCCCUGUCUUUUCUGUGGGCCCGGGGGGGCCCCCCGGGGCCCCUGGGGCCCCAGCUGGCGGCAGCAGCAGCAGCACCCAGGGCAAAACAGUGGCAGCCACUGCGGCCAGCCGCCGCUGCUGCUGCUGCUGCUGGUGGUGAAGGUGCUGCUGCUGCUGCUGCUCCCGCGCCGGUCUUCGAGCCGUCGAGCUCCGAGAGAGCCAGCGUCUCAGAAGGGCAGCCACCUGCUGCUGCUGCUGCUGCUGCUGCUGCUGCAGACUGGCAGCAGCAGCGGAGCGAGAAGGCAGCAGCACUGCAGUACCGGCAGCAGCAACUCGAGGAGCUGCUGGGCCUUUCCGAUGAAGUCGAGAGGACCCCCUCAGGGAUGAGCGACGAGGAGUUUCUGGAGGUGUUGGGGCUUCCUGCAGGUGUGGGGCCCCGGGAGGUGGCGGGGGCCCUUCAUAAGUGGCGGCAGCAGCAGCAGCAGCAGCAGCCCGUGUCUGCUGCAGCGCAGCAGCUGCACAGCAAGUGGCUGGAGCUGAUGGAAAGGGCUUUGCUGCAGCAGCUGCAGCAACGGGAAAGCAGCCAGCAGCGCAGCAGCAGCUGGACGCGCGGGCUGCAGCAGCUCUUCUUCGGAGGCGCUGCGCUCUCCGCAGCAGCAGCAGCAGCAGACGACGACCUUGCGCAUGCGCCCAGCGAGCUGGACCCGGCCUACGCAGAAGGCCUCGGACUUCCGAAGGCUUUUGGGGCUUUGGCUGCUCAAGUCCGCGAGGAGCAGCAGCAGGCCCAGAGGGCCCCCAGCUUCCUGCAAAAGCUGGGGUCCUCGGCGAAACACUUUCUCCCGCUGCUGGCAGCAGCAGCAGCAGCACCUCGAGCAGCACCCACAGCCCUCCUGGCUGCGGGGGCCCUCGCGGCCCGCCUCAUCCGCGGCCAGCCGCCGCGGCCGCAGACCCAGGGCCCCCCCACCUCCCCAGGGGCCCCAGAAACCUCAGAGGCCCUGGGGGCCCCAGGGGCCCCAGGGGCCCCAGGGGCUCUGGGGGCCCCCGGGGCCCCAGGGGCCCUGGGGGCCCCGGGGGCCCCGGGGCAGCAGCCGCUGCGCGCGCUGUGUCAGAUUGCGGGGGUUUUGGGGCUGCAUGCGCUGGUGGGGGGGGCGUCGGCCUAUUUGUGCUGGAAGCUGGCUGGUCUGGGCGCGUGGGUCUCUCUGCGGGGCCUAGCUGCGGGCUCCGUCAUAGCGCAGUGGUGGCUGGCGUCUGCGCUGCACCGCCUGCAGCCGUCUGCUGCUGCUGCAGCGCAGCAGCAGCAGCAGCAGCAGCAGAGGCUGCUGCCGGGGCUGGAAGCUGCUGCUGCGGAAAGCCCCGAAGACAUGGAAGCUCUGGAGGCGCGAGAAGGAAAAGAGUGGCUUUUUGAUGACCCAGAAUUUCCGCUGAGGUUCAGAGACGAAGACAACUGA